AUGUCCCAAGACCCCCGCCUCAAACCAUUCCACCACCUCCAAACCCCCUACAAAACCUUCCAGGAUACCACCACCAACACCUCCGAAGAAAUCCAAACAGACAUCCUCAUCCCAAAGACCAUCCCCAACCCCAAGCCCCUCCCCAUUAUAAUCUACUUCCACGGCGGAGGCCUAAUAUGCGGCUCCUCCCUCCACCCCGACUGGUUCCCAACCUACCUCCUCGAUCUAGCGCAAACCACGCCUGCCGUCCUCCUCGCCCCGAACUACCGUCUCCUCCCGGAGGCCACCAUCCACGAGGUGUUCGGCGACGUCCUCGACUUUUGGGACUGGGUGCACGCCCCGGCCAGCGUUGCCGCGCUGCUCGCCGCGGUCCCUUCACCCCAGAAUGCCUCGGACAGGCUCGCAGUUGACGUCGCCCGCGUCCUCGUGGCGGGCGGUUCCGCCGGCGGGUAUCUGGGUCUGUGUCUGGCGCUGCGGGUUCCCGAGCAGAUCGGCGGAGUGGUCGUGGGGUAUCCUGCUUUUUUGGGGGUGUCGUCUUCUGCGGUGGCAACCGCCGCCCCGUCCGCACCUCCACGACCCCCCCCGGACCGCCUCGACCUGAUGAACGCGGCGAUGCGCACGGGCCGGAUCGCCGAGCUAUUCGCGCGCGGCGUCGACCCGGCGGCCCACGACCCGGACCGGACCCUGCGGUAUCCGAUGGAGAGGCUGGAUGAGCCAGCCCCUCAGGUUCCGCGGGGUGGGAUUGUGAUCUUGCAUGGGCGGGAGGAUGAGGUCGUGUCUGUGGAGGAUAGUGUGCGGUUCGUUGGCAAGGCGAGGAAGGUUUUGGGACCGGAGGGGGGUGCGGGGAAGGUGGUGGUUGUGGUGCGGGAGGGGGGGCAUGGGUUUGAUACACCUGUAAGAUUGGGGGAGGGGUGGUUGGGGGAGAGUUUGAGGGGGGUUGUCGGGGGGUGGUUGGAGUGA